AUGGUCGAGCUUCAGAACUCUGCUCUGCUGGAAACUGAAGAGGCCAACGUGACUGCUGAGGAAUCAAAACUCCACGAGAUGCUGAACGGAUUCGCAGCUGUGCAAAGGGAGAAUGCAAAAGCUCUGACAGAGUCGGAGGUGGCUGAGAUUGAUGCGCAGCAUCGAGCUCAGGCUGCAGUCGAAGAGGAGCUGCAUCGCGCCUACAAGCAGAUGCAAGAGCUGGAAACUGCGCAACUGCAGACUGUGGCAGUGCCCGACAUGAAGACGGAGAUGGAGGUGGAGCGUGCAGCACGCGAGAAGGUCGAGGGACAGUAUACGCCCGCACUCGCAUACACUGCAGAGCUUUAG